AUGACUUCAGCAAUCCCAAAGGUCCAUAAGGCUGCCGUCUUCAGUGGAUCAGACGUCGAUGGUAAGAUCUGUGAAAUAAUUGAAACCAAAACGUUGCAGCCACUGCGCAACAUGCUUCUUGUUAAGAUCAAUUCCAUUGCUUUGAAUCCAAUUGACUGGAAACGUAACAACGUAUGGGGCGGGAAAGGCAACAUCAUUGGGACCGAUGCCUCAGGUGAAGUAGUUGCCGUCGGUGACGGUGUCACAGGCUUUAAACCAGGUGAUUCGGUUUCUUCUUUUGCUCAUGGUGGCUAUAAAGAAGACCCUACUCGUGGUGUAUUUCAAGAAUACGCAAUUGUCGAUCCUUGUUUGACUAUUAAAUACCAUGAAAAGUUGAUCAAUUCCGACUCGUUAAAUGGGCCAGCCAAAAUUACAACUUAUGAAGGUGCAGCGUCCAUCAAUUUAGCGUUAGUCACUGUUGGUCUCUCUAUGUAUAACUCUUUCAAUGCCUCCUAUGACAAGAGUAAUCAAGCUGGAAAAUACCUUUUGGUAUGGGGUGGGGCCACUACUACUGGAUUUAUUGCAAUUCAGGUCGCCAGAAAAAUAUUUGGCUUGAGAGUUUUGGCAGUUGCAUCAAAGAAACAUCAUGAAGUAUUACAGUCAGUUGGUGCAGAAGCCUGCUUUGAUUAUCAUGAUGAGGACGUGAUCGCGAAAAUUGUUGCUCAUGGUGGUGACAAUAUUGUGUACGGUUACGAUACGGUUUCUUCCGAUGAGACUUUAAAUUCAACUUACAAGUGCUUAUCCACCAAGAAACCGGCUAUUUGUGAGAAUCUUUUAAACAAAGAUGAGUCGAACAUUCUUGAAGAAAAUAGAAGAGAAAAUGUGACGGUUACGCAUACGUUAUCCUUCUUAGCAGGGGGUGAGACUUUACAUCUUGGAGGUAUUACGAUCAAACCACCCCCAGAUCUUGCUGAGAAGCAUCUUGAGUACUGGAACAUUAUUCAAAAAUAUAUUGUUGAUGGUACUAUCAAACAUGCUCCAUUGAAGGUCUUACCCAAUGGACUCAAUUCUGUCGAUGUGGGAUUAUCGCUAUUGAGAAAUAACAAGGUGAGUUUGGAAAAACUCAUUGCUAGAGUUGCCGACACAAAAUGA